GCCGCGCCCACUCCGCCGGCGUCAGCGCGCUUCCGGAAACUGCUCGCCCCUGGGAACCCGGUUUCCCCCGCGUAGGUUCCGGAAGAGCUCGGUUCCCGUAGCCGAGCGCGCAGUGCAGGCGCGAGCAGCUGUAGCGGAGAGCUAGCUUUGUCCCCGGCACGUUGUUGUCCCUGCGCGCUCAAGGCGGCCGGAGUCCUGGUGUCGCGCGCGCUGGGGACCCGCGGGAGCUGAGCACGGGGUGUGAUCGCUGCCGCCAAGACUUCGGGGCUCGUGCGCCCUGUGUUGCUUGGAGCGAUCCCAGGCGGCUGCAGCUCUCGUGCGGUCCCUGCGAGGUAGGCGCAGCGACUGCCAAGGCGGUGCAAUGCUGGGCCGGCCCGGAAGCCGCGCGCCGGGUCGGUGAGGGCGCGGACUCGGCGCCUCUCCCCGGCUUCCCGCAGCACCCGCGCCUGCCUUCGACUGCCCGUCCCGCGGCACCCGGCGCGCCGUGACCAUGGCCAUCGCCCACCUGGCCACGGAGUACGUGUUCUCGGACUUCUUGCUGAAGGAGCCCACCGAGCCCAAGUUCAAGGGGCUGCGACUGGAGCUGGCAGUGGACAAGAUGGUCACGUGCAUUGCCGUGGGUCUGCCUCUGCUGCUCAUCUCGCUGGCCUUCGCUCAGGAGAUCUCCAUCGGUACCCAGAUAAGCUGCUUCUCCCCAAGUUCCUUCUCCUGGCGCCAGGCCGCCUUCGUGGACUCGUACUGCUGGGCCGCCGUACAGCAGAAAAACUCCCUGCAGAGUGAGUCUGGAAACCUCCCGCUGUGGCUGCACAAGUUCUUCCCCUACAUCCUGCUGCUGUUUGCCAUACUCCUGUACCUGCCCGCUCUGUUCUGGCGCUUUGCGGCGGCUCCACACCUCUGCUCCGACCUGAAGUUUAUCAUGGAGGAGCUUGACAAAGUCUACAACCGCGCCAUCAAGGCUGCCAAGAGUGCUCGUGAUUUGGACCUGAGAGAUGGACCUGGACCUCCAGGAGUGACUGAGAAUGUGGGGCAGAGUCUGUGGGAGAUAUCCGAAAGCCACUUCAAGUACCCGAUUGUGGAGCAGUACUUGAAGACGAAGAAGAACUCCAGUCACCUAAUCAUGAAAUACAUUAGCUGCCGGCUGGUGACCUUUGUGGUGGUACUGCUGGCUUGCAUCUACUUGAGCUACUACUUCAGCCUCUCCUCGCUCUCCGACGAGUUUCUGUGUAGCAUCAAAUCCGGCGUCCUGAGGAAUGACAGCACCAUCCCCGAUAGCUUCCAGUGCAAGCUCAUCGCGGUCGGCAUUUUCCAGCUGCUCAGCCUCAUUAACCUCAUAGUGUACGCCCUGCUGGUCCCCGUGGUCAUCUACACGCUCUUCGUCCCGUUCCGGCAGAAGACGGACGUCCUCAAGGUAUACGAGAUCCUGCCCACCUUCGAUGUUCUACAUUUCAAGUCUGAAGGCUACAACGACUUGAGCCUCUACAACCUUUUUCUGGAAGAGAACAUAAGUGAGCUCAAAUCGUACAAGUGUCUUAAGGUGCUGGAGAACAUUAAGAGCAACGGGCAGGGCAUCGACCCCAUGUUACUUCUGACAAACCUAGGCAUGAUUAAGAUGGACGUCAUUGAUGGAAAAGUCCCCAUGUCCCUACAGACCAAGGGAGAGGACCAGGGCAGCCAGAGAAUGGAGUUCAAAGAUUUGGACCUGAGCAGCGAGACGGCAGCAAACAAUGGGGAGAAGAACUCUCGCCAGCGACUUCUGAAUUCAUCCUGCUAAUGGUUUCAUUCUUGAAUUUCAAGCCUGUGACCCCUGUGGCUGACCCACCCCUGUUGGAACGGUAGCUAGUUUGCAGUAAAAUGUUUUUGGUAUCGAUGUGGUGUGUGUCCUAAGACAUAAUGGCCCACAGCGUUAUGGAAGAAUAGCUAGCAAUGUCCUACAAGACUAAAUAUGGAAACGAGUAAGUGCUUUGUCUAAAGCCCUCGUCGGAGGGCUGUUAAGAGAGAGCACAGAGCCUUCUAGAGCCCCAGAGAAGCACCAUUCUGGACUGGCAGUGCUGGGAGACCUGGAGCUUCUAGGGAACGAGCACUUUGUUUUGUGAGAUAAUAAUAAACCUGUCAGGAUAUAAUUUAAUAACC